GUCACCAGCUACAUUAUUCAGCGAUAACAUGAGAAAAAUAAAUUACCAAGUAACAUUAUAAUGAAUAGCGUUAUUGAUAUUGCCAUGAUUUAAUCUCGGUGUUUUUAAUUUUGUAUCAGUCUGUUACUUGAUCCGGUCAACGAGCAAACAUGUUUUUGUUUGGCUCCGACUGAGCGUUGGUUCGCGUUUUUUGUGGAAGUGGACGCAUGUGGGGCACUGGUGAAGUUCCACGAGUCCAGAUGAGCACUGUCAUCCCUGAUAAGAGGUGACGAGUGCGGCGUGUGCGCGGAUGAUCGCGGCUAUCGCGUCCGCCGCUCAUUGCAUCCCGCCGGGCCCGCGGCGCGCCCGCCUCGCGUUCACUCGCCACGACUACUCUCAUUGUAAACAAUCGGAAACACUCAAUUGGAGCAGGCGUGAUGCUGGGCGGCGCGCGGCUGGAGGAGGCGCUGCUGGGCGACGAGCUGCUGUUCGACUUCUCCCCGGCGGAGAGCCUCGUGAACUUCGAGCUGCCGGGCGCGGCGGAGGGCUGGCCCGGCGAUCCCGCGCGCGCGCCGCACUGGCCCGCCGACCACCUGGCGCGCGCCAGCGACGCGCUCGGCGCCGACGCCGCCGACAGGAAGGACGACUUCUACUUCUCCGCCACCUCCCCGGUGCUCUUCGACUUCGCGGACUUCGAUAAAAGUGUCGACUUCGACGAGUACCUCUCGGAAGCGGUGAACAGUGAUCAGUCCGCGGACAAUCCCCACUCGGGCACGGACGCGGAGAGUGACGAUGCGCUCGGGACGCUAUCAGUGUUGGGCAUAGACCUGGAGUCGACGCGGGACGGCGGCGGCGCGGCGGCUCCCCGCGCGGCGGCGGCGGCGUGGGGCGAGCCCGUGUACUGCGCGGAGCUGGGCGUGUUCCGCUGCCCGGCGGCGGCGUGCGGCAAGCUGUACGCGAAGGCGUCGCACGUGCGCGCGCACCUGCGCCGGCACUCGGGGGAGAAGCCGUACCGCUGCACGUGGGGCGCGUGCGCGUGGCGGUUCGCGCGCUCCGACGAGCUGGCGCGCCACCGCCGCAGCCAUUCGGGGGACAAGCCCUACCGCUGCGCCGAGUGCAGCAAGCGGUUCGCGCGCUCCGACCACCUCGCCAAGCACGGCCGCGUGCACGCGCGCCGCGCCGCCGCCGCCGCCGCCGCCGCCGCCGCCGCCGCCAGGGCGCCCAGCCUGCCGCGGUCACGGCGACAUCUGUUAUAGAAAAGUUUUUGCCACAAUAUCUGAUCGAUCAGAUAUGACCUGACUUUGAACUGACUAGUUUUAAGCAGUAUACGAUAGUUACCGAUAGUAGAUUAAGCUAAGUAAUUUUAAGUGUAAAAGAAAAUAUUUUCCGAGUUUUGUCUUUAUUUUUAAGUUAGAAAUGAAUGAUAGAAUACAAAUCCGUUGAAAUAAACACAUUUUAAAAUUUA